AUGUUGGCUAGUUCCAUCUACGUGUUCCUCGCAUCAGCUGGCCUGAUCGAGGCUUCUCUGUUCGGCGCGACGCACGACUCUGUCAAGCAUCACCCUCGAGAUAUAUUCGCCCGGCAGAACCAGGCAAACUGCUUGCAAAAGAACUUGAUCCAGAGCGCCAGUGGUCGUACCGGUCAGGAGCAGGGCACCGCAGGUAUCAAGGCCGGACAGUCGCCGUCCGCAACCGACAAUGACAACUUUAUCAACUUUUGCAAGGGCCAGACCAUCACCAAUGGCGUCCAGAUCAAGACGGGGUCUUGCAACGGCGUUCCCAUGGGCAAGCUCCCCAGCGUCGACAACAUGAUCUCCGCCAUGAUCACGAACCCGCAGCCGGGCAAGACCAUCCCGGCCGAGACGACGUUCAACAUUUCGGUCCAGGUCGCCCACCUCAAGGCCGGCGUGUUUGUCAACCCGACGACAAACUACUACACGGCGCCCCAGGACCUCGACAGCCGCGGCGACAUCAUCGGCCAUUGCCACGUCACCGUCCAGUCCAUCGGCUCGCUCGACUCGACGACGCCGCCUGACCCCAAGCUGUUCGCCUUCUUCAAGGGCAUCGACGACGCCGGGAACGGCCAGGGCUUGCUGCAGGCCGUCGUCACGGGCGGGCUGCCGGCUGGCGUGUACCGCGUAUGUACCCUGAUCGGAGCGGCGAACCACCAGCCUGUCGCCAUGCCUGUUGCUCAGCGAGGCGCGCAAGAUGACUGCACCAAGUUUGAAGUUGUCGCCGGUGGAGGAGGAGGCGGCGGUGGCCAAGGACAGAACCAGGGUGCCCAGGGUCAAGGUCAAGGCCAAGGAAAGGGCAACCAGAACCAAGGUGCUCAGGGUCAGGGUCAAGGUCAAGGAAAGGGCAACCAGAACCAAGGUGGCCAGGGUCAAGGUCAAGGUCAAGGUCAAGGCCAAGGAAAGGGCAACCAGAACCAAGGUGGCCAGGGCCAAGGCAAGGACAACAACGGCCAGACUCAAGGAGGCCAGGGCCAGGCUAAGGGCGACAAUGGUCAAGGCCAAGGCCAGGGUCAAGGCAAGGACAACAACGGUCAGACUCAAGGUGGCCAAGGCCAGACUAAGGAUAACAACAGCCAGACUCAAGGUGGCCAGGGCCAGACGAAGGACAAGAACGGCCAGACUCAAGGAGGCCAGGGCCAGACGAAGGACAACAACGGCCAGACUCAAGGUGGCCAGGGCCAGGCUCAGGGAAAUCAGGGCCAGGCUAAGGACAAGAACGGCCAGACUCAAGGUGGCCAAGGCCAGACGAAGGACAACAACGGCCAGACUCAAGGUGGCCAAGGCCAAGCUAAGGGCAACAACGGUGGCCAGGGCCAGGCUCAGGGAAAUCAGGGCCAGGCUAAGGACAAUAACGUACACAAGGCGGCGGAUACCGUUUCCAAGGCCGCCCAGAUCCCGCAAACGGUGGUAAGGGAAACCAAGCUGCUGCAGGUCCUGUUCAGGGUGGCCGAGGCCGAAACAGGGGCGUUCCCAGAGGGCAUACUGCUACAAAAUAUAGAGAACAAUCGCCUCUUUAACGCAAAGUUUGCAAUGCAUUUCAAAAUAUCACAUCUUAUACUUGCCUUAACUCACUCCAUUGUCGGCGCCUCUGCCCAACCCUCGGGAUCAUCUUCGUGUAAGGCCGCCAGUCCGGCUGAGAAGGCUGUUUACCUUCUAUCGAAUGAAGUCAAGAACAGCGUCAUCGCCUUACCGAUUGGCGUCGACGGCUUGCUUAAGGCUGGCCAGCAGACUGCAACCGGCGGGGCAGGCUCUAAUGCCGUUGAUAGCAGCACAGGGCAGCCUGCUGCCCCGGAUGCUCUAGUGUCUCAGUCUGCCUUGACUGUAGCCGGACAUAGCCUGUUUGCGGUCAACGCCGGUUCCAACACGAUCACCAUGUUCCGCAUAGACAAGAAAGAUUCUACCAAGCUCCAAGUCGUCGGCAGGCCCGUCGCGGUGCCAGGCGAGUUUCCCAAUACGGUAGCAGCGUCUUCAGAAAAUGGAAUUGUCUGUGUCGGAACGUCUGGUGCAGUGGCGGGUGUUUCGUGUGCACCUUUUACGAAGAAUGGCAUAGGUGCCAUGGACAACCUCCGCCCUUUUGACUUGAAGCAGACCACACCGCCCGUCGGACCGACAAACACAGUCUCCCAGGUCUUCUUCUCAGACGACCAGAACACUUUGUUCACUACUGUCAAGGGAGAUCCCACGAAGAACAAUACCGGGUUCCUCUCCUCCUUUGCUGUGCAGGCCAGCGACGAAGGAGCAUGUGCCGCCUCUGUUAGCCAGGAGGAUAGGCGAACAUCCCCAGAGGGCACAGCCGUACUCUUUGGCUCGUCCGUCAUUCCUGGAACCACUGACAUUUUCGUCACGGAUGCUUCCUUCGGUGGCGCUGUACUUUCUGUGGAUGCCAACAACGGCAACACUACUGUCAAAGGCAAGGGGCCCGUGGAUGGCCAAGCUGCGACGUGUUGGGCCACCGUUUCCCCGGCUACGGGCACAGCCUUUGUUACGGACGUUGGAAGGAACAGGUUGGUGGAGAUGGCCACAGCGGAUGCUGAAAUCAUCAGCGAGAUCGACUUGAGCGCUAACGGCGAUCCUGGUCUGAUUGACCUCAGGGCUUCCGGGCAGUUCAUCUAUGCCCUCAGUCCCGGGAAUGGAACAACACAAGCCGCAGUGACGGUCGUGGAUGCCAAAAGCAAGAAGCAGGUCCAGCAUUUACAGUUGGGAAGCAUGGGGGCUGGCAAGAAUACCAUGGGAAUGGCAGUGUUGGCUUAG